AUGAAAUUCUCACUUUUCUUGACGGCCGGCUCUCUUGCCUGGGCCAAGCCAUCGACUCCAAAGCUUGACUAUAACCGCGCUCCUCCAAAUCUCAGUACUCUGGCCAAUCUGACGAUCUACAACACAUGGCGCCCUCGAGCUCAUGUACUUCCACCUACUGGACAGAUUGGAGACCCUUGCAUGCAUUACACUGACCCCAAGACUGGACUAUUCCACGUUGGAUAUCUCCAUGAGGGUGCUGCUGGUGCUACAACGGAUGAUCUGGUGACAUAUCGAGAUCUCAACCCUGGAGGAGCUCCCUUUAUUCGGGCUGGAGGUCUAAAUGAUCCUGUAGCAGUCUUCGACGGAUCUGUUAUACCUAACGGCAUCAAUGGCACACCUACACUCUUCUACACCUCGGUAUCUUACCUCCCCAUCCAUUGGACAAUCAACUACACUCGCGGAAGUGAGACACAGUCCCUCGCUGUGUCAAAGGACGGAGGCCGUAACUUCACAAAGCUACGACAAGGCCCUGCGAUCCCAGCACCUCCUUUUACUCUCAACGUGACGGCUUUCCGUGAUCCCUUUGUUUUCCAGAACGAGGAUCUUGACAGCCUUCUGGAAAGCGAGUCAGGAACAUGGUACAGCGUCAUUUCUGGCGGCGUCCAUCAAAAGGGCCCCAGUAUGUUCCUCUAUCGUCAGCACGACCCGGAGUUUCAGUACUGGGAGUAUCUCGGCGAGUGGUGGCACGAGAAGGCCAACACCACAUGGGGCGAUGGUCUCUGGGCAGGACGUUACGGUUUCAACUUUGAAGUGGCCAAUGUCUUCAGUAUUGAUGAAAAGGGGUAUAACUCUAAGGGUGAGACAUUCAUCACCUUUGGUGCAGAGUGGCAAGAGAAGCCUAUUGUUCCUCAGGUUUCGUCUUUCCGUGACAUGCUGUGGGCUGCAGGAAACAUAUCCCUCGACAACGAAAAGCCGAGAUUUACUCCCUCGAUGGUUGGCAAGCUUGACUGGGGACGAUCCGCUUACGCCGCAGCUGGCAAAUACCUCCCUUCAGAUUCGAAGGCAUCGUCCAAGAGCGGUGCACCAGAUCGAUUCAUCAGCUACCUCUGGCUUACUGGAGAUUACUACGGCGAUCUCAAGUACUUCCCUACUCCCCAACAAAACUGGACUGGAUCUCUUCUUCUCCCAAGAGAGCUCACCGUCGGCAAGAUCAGCAAUGUUGUCGAUAAUGAGCUUUCACGUGAAGAAGGGUCCUGGCGUGUGGAGAGAAAUGAGUCAGGUGUUUUGGAACUGGCUACUCUGAAGCAGGUUAUUGCUCGGGAACCCAUGGCUGCGUUUACCAAGAAGAAGCCUUUCGUCGAACCGGGCCGAAACAUCAGCAAGGCUGGAUCAACUACUUUCGAUCGUAACCCGGAGUCCAAGUUUUACGUCCUUAAGAGCUCUAUCUCAUUCCCCAAGUCUGCUCGCGACUCGGAUCUCAAGGCUGGUUUCCAGAUUUUGGCUUCUGAUAAGGAGUCCACCACUAUUUACUACCAGUUCUCCAAUGAAUCCAUCAUCAUCGAUCGCAGCAACACUAGUGCUGCAGCCCUUACGACUAGCGACAUUGACGCUCGUCCUGAAGCUGGUCGACUUCGUCUUUUUGACGUUCUCGUUGAUGAUGAGGAGAAAAUUGAGACUCUUGACCUUACUAUCGUCGUGGAUAAUGCCAUCGUUGAGGUUCAUGCCAACGAUCGAUUUGGAGUAGCCACCUGGGCUCGUUCUUGGUAUGCCGAUUCGACCGAUAUUCGCUUCUUCCAUCAGGGAAGCGGUGAAGUGUCUUUUAGCAAUGUGACGAUUUAUGAAGGUCUUGCGGAUGCUUGGCCCGAGAGAAAGCGAUAG